AAUGACAAGGAAGAAAGUGAAACUUGCUUACAUUGCAAACGACUCUGCAAGAAAGGCAACAUACAAGAAGAGGAAGAGAGGGCUGAUGAAAAAGGUUAGUGAAUUAAGCACUCUUUGUGGGAUUGAGGCAUGUGCAAUCAUCUUUAGUCCCUACGAUUCUCAACCCGAACUCUGGCCUUCCCCUAUUGGCGUCCAACGCGUUCUUUCCCAAUUCAAGAAGAUGCCCGAGAUGGAGCAAAGUAAGAAGAUGGUGAACCAGGAGACGUUUUUGCGACAAAGGAUUGCAAAAGCGAACGAGCAAUUGAAGAAAAUGAGAAAGGACAACCGGGAGAAAGAGAUCACACGGUUGAUGUUUCAAAGCCUCACCGCUGCAAAGGGGCUACAUGGUCUUAACAUGCUUGAUUUGAACGAUCUUGGUUGGCUCAUUGAUCAAAAUCUUAAAGAUAUUACUAUACGCAUUGACUCUCUUAAAAAGCCUUCUCUUCCACAACCUCAGGCUCAAGCUCAGGCUCAGGCUCCACCGACGACUCAGCCGCAAACUGCAGCGUGGUUGAUGGAGCUUGUGAGCCCUCAAGAUCAAAUGGGGUUUGUUGGGGAUGAUAUGCUUUUGCCUUUUGGGGAUCAAACUUAUAACCAUAAUAAUGCAAUGUGGUCUAAUGCCUUUUUCCCUUAGAUUUCUCUUCAUCAUAUUCUUCUAU